UGUUUUCAGCUGAAGGUUUUUUUUAGACUUGGUGGUCUUUAUUGAAAAGCACUUGUUUGUGAAACAAAAUCACCAGAAGAUGUCAUAAAUACAAAAAUCUUUAUCUCUCUCUCUCUCUGUGUUCCCCUGCAGGUUUUGGACCUUGCUCGAAUCUGAGCUGACCCAGUAGAACUCAGUCGAGCCCACCCAAGGCCCAGCCACGUCAGUGAAAAUGGCUCCUGCUGCCAUCUCUCAUCCUCCAUCUUCUUCUUUCACCUCCCUCCAGUCAUCCUGUUUUCCCUCCUCCUCCUCACUACUCUUCCUCCUCUUGUCCUCCAUCGUCCUGCUGUCCUGUCCUGCAUCGGCCCAUGCGGCUUCCUCUGAGAACUGUUCCGCUAGUGGAGAUCCCUGUCAGGAAGGGGUCGUACUUCCUGUGUGGAACCCUCAGAACCCCUCUGUAGGCGAUAAAGUGGCGCGGGCCAUUGUUUACUUUGUGGCACUUAUAUACAUGUUCCUGGGCAUGAGCAUCAUAGCAGACCGGUUCAUGUCGUCUAUAGAGGUCAUAACAUCCCAGGAGAAGGAGAUCACCAUAAAAAGGCCAAAUGGCGAAACUACCACGGCCACGGUCCGAAUCUGGAAUGAAACUGUUUCUAAUCUCACACUAAUGGCCUUGGGUUCCAGUGCUCCUGAGAUACUGCUGUCAGUGAUUGAGGUUUGCGGUCACGGUUUUGAAGCCGGGGCCCUGGGUCCCAGCACCAUUGUAGGCAGCGCGGCCUUCAACAUGUUCAUCAUCAUCGCCCUGUGUGUUUACGUGGUUCCUGACGGAGAGACGCGGAAAAUCAAACACCUCCGGGUGUUUUUUGUCACGGCAGCUUGGAGCGUCUUCGCCUACAUCUGGCUCUACAUGAUCUUGAGUGUCUUUUCCCCUGGAGAGGUGGAGGUAUGGGAGGCUGUGUUGACCUUCCUCUACUUUCCCCUCUGUGUGGUCCAAGCCUGGGUGGCCGAUCGACGCCUGCUCUUCUACAAGUAUGCCCGCAAGCGAUACCGCGCCAACAAGAAUCGUGGCAUCAUCGUUGAGACGGAAGGAGGUCCAGACGGAGGAUUUGGGGGCAUGGACGGAGGAGUCGGAGGAGCUCUGGGUCCGGGCGGUUUCACCAAGAUGGACAUGCUGGAACUGGAUGGACAGAUGGCUCUGAACUGCCACAGUGGGAUACAUGCAGGGAUGAUGGGAGAGGGUGGAGCAAAGGACGAGGAAGACGAGGCCAGGAGGGACAUGGCAAGGACACUGAAGGAGCUGAAGCAGAGGCAUCCAGACAAGGACAUGGAGCAACUGAUUGAGAUGGCUAAUUAUCAGGUGCUGAUGCAGCAGCAGAAGAGCCGAGCGUUUUACCGAAUCCAGGCGACCAGGAUGAUGAUCGGAGCCGGCAACAUCUUGAAAAAGCACGCCGCAGACCAGGCUCGCAAGGUGGUGAGCAGCCACGAGACUCAGGCUCAGGAGGACGACCCUCACACCAUCAGGAUGGAGUUUGAACCCUCUCUGUACCAGUGCUUCGAAAACUGCGGCUCGUUGAAUCUGACCGUCGCAAGACACGGAGGCGACCCCGGAGUCACCGUCAAGGUGGAUUACCGCACGGAGGACGGCACUGCCAACGCAGGUUCGGAUUACGAGUUCGCUGAAGGAACGCUGCUGUUUAAGCCGGGGGAGACCCUGAAAGAGAUCACCGUCGGCGUGAUUGACGACGACAUCUUCGAGGAGGACGAGUACUUCUACGUGCACCUCAGUAACCCCCGUGUGGUCGGUUACCCCGAGGUGGGCGCCGCCCCGCUGGACAGCAGCACCGCGCCCAAAGCCGUGCUGGGCGACAACCAUACGGCCACGGUGACCAUCUACGAUGACGAUCACGCAGGCAUCUUUACCUUCGAAGGCGCCAGUCAGAGGGUGAGCGAAAGCGUCGGCGUGAUGGAGGUGAAGGUGCUCCGAACGUCGGGGGCUCGAGGUUUGGUCGCCGUCCCUUAUCGAACCCUGGACGGGACCGCCAAAGGAGGGGAGGACUACGAAACGGCUGCGGGGAAGCUGGAGUUUCAGAACGACGAGACCAUGAAGAUCAUCGAGGUCAAAAUUAUUGACGAUGAAGAGUAUGAGAAGAACAAGACCUUCACCAUCGAGCUGGGAGAGCCAGUUCUGUUGGAGAUCGGACAGAAACACGGUGAUUCCAACGAGAACAAGCCGCUGGUGGGAGCCGAGGAGGAGGAGGUGGCCAAGAUGGGCUGUCCCAGUCUGGGUGAACACACACAGCUCGAGGUGAUCAUAGAGGAGUCKUACGAGUUUAAGAAAGCUGUCAAUAUUCUUCUUAAAAAGAAUCAGCAGAAUACAGUAGAUAAGUUGAUCAAGAAGACAAACCUGGCCUUGGUGGUGGGGAGCAGCAGCUGGAGGGAGCAGUUUGUCAGCGCCGUUACUGUCAGCGCAGGCGACGACGACGAGGAGGAGAGCGGCGAGGAGCGGCUGCCGUCCUGCUUCGACUACAUCAUGCACUUCCUCACCGUCUUCUGGAAGGUCCUGUUCGCGUUUGUCCCGCCCACGGAGUACUGGAACGGCUGGGCCUGCUUCAUCGUCUCCAUAUCGCUGAUCGGCGUCCUGACCGCCGUCACCGGCGACCUGGCGUCGCAUUUCGGCUGCACGAUAGGCCUGAAGGACUCUGUGACCGCCGUGGUGUUCGUGGCGUUGGGGACGUCUGUGCCAGACACAUUUGCCAGCAAGGUCGCCGCCAUCCAGGACCAAUACGCCGACGCCUCCAUCGGCAACGUCACCGGCUCCAACGCCGUGAACGUCUUCCUGGGCAUCGGCGUGGCGUGGACCAUCGCGGCCGUGGCCUGGCGCUCCAAGGGCAAGACUUUCAAGGUGGACCCGGGAAGCCUGGCCUUCUCCGUCACCCUCUUCACCAUCCUGGCCGUGGUGUGCGUGCUCACGCUGCUGUACCGGCGGCGGCCCACGGUGGCGGGAGGCGAGCUGGGCGGGCCGCGGACUUGCAAGCUGAUGACGUCGAUGCUGUUCGUGGCRCUGUGGCUGAUUUACAUCCUGCUGGCUUCGCUGGAGGCUUACUGCCAUAUACCAGGGUUUUAAACGUAGAGGGGGCGAGGAGACCCACUGCCAAAACGAAGGGGGCGGAGCUCUGCUCACGUUUAAUGAAAAGAGCAAGUCUUAAAAGUGGAUUUUUUGUCUUUACGUUACUCUUCUCCUUCAACAAAACAUCCUCACGAGACGCCAAAACUCCCAAAUUAUGUCAAGACUUUUUAAUCUUCUCUAAAAUCACAGCUCGUUUACAGAAGCCCCACCUUCCUCCAGUCCAGUUCCAUUAUCAACCUACAAAUCUAAAUUAUUACACUACAAAUCCUUAAUGCAAGUUGUUCCAGUUUAACACCAAACCAGCAGCCGAGAAGAGAACCGUCCAGACUCAGAAGGAAAGUCGGUCGAGGAGAUGAAGAAGAUGGCAGCAGAGAGGUCUUCCUCACUCACCCCCUUCUGUCUUAAAACCACGACUCGGUUUCCAGCCCUGGAUCUUUCCUCUCAGAUCCUCCGAACUUCAAACUUUAUUGCCUUUCUUUUUUUCCUUAAAAUACAAACACUCACCAGGUUUGGGAGCCCUCAGGUGACUCUGCGCCAAACGUACAAGCGAAACACCGUUUUUAUCUUCGUCAUCUCCAAGGAUACACUGUGCUACGAUACCCACAGACAUAAGCCCCGCCCACUUCCCUGCCUUACAGUCAUGUGACCCGUAGGAAAAGUCUUACAGUCGUGAUAAUGAACCUCUGUAGUCACAAACCUGAGCUAACCCCCCACCCACCCACACCUCUACUCAUUUUUUUACUCUUCUCAAUGGCGUCACGUGUUGAUGUUGUUAUCGUGCAAUUGUAAAGAAACAAAACAAAAGACAGCAACAAUAAAAAUAKAACUACAGUUUGUUGGUGCGAAGAAGGAGAACUGUGUCGAGACUCGAUGCGAUCGAAGAGACACAAGAAACAUGGAGACUAACGGAGCGCGGAGCAACGGUGGAGUUAAAACGUUUACAUUUUGAAAUUGUGAACAACCGGAGCCGWGGAAAGAACUCACGAAGGACCAAUCAGGGAGGAGGACUGUGGCGGCCAUGUUGUUGACAAAUCAAAAAAAAAUAUUAAAAACUACGACCAGUGUUUCYAACUGUACAUGAUAUUCUACAAACUUUUAUCGAUGUGUGUGAGAAAAAUGACAUUUUAUUUAUGUGAAGCCCACCUCCCUUCCUCUGUGRAAAGAAAAGGAAGACAGGAAGUCGAAUCAGGAAGGAACUUUAAGGCAGCUCUGAAAUAUCAGCAUCAUUGGACGUUUCUUUGUAUAAAACAAAAAGAAAAUAUCUGUUAUAUUUGAAAGAAUCCUGUCUUGGAUCACUUACCGUACGUUUCAAAUGUGCUGUUUWACUUUGCGGGCGUUUUUUCAAUGUGAGUAAAACUGAAAGUGUUCACAAUACAAUUAAAUGUGCUAAACCAUUUGGUCUAUUUUA